AUCUGACUUUGACGCUUUUUGACGCACUCCAGCUUCCGGAAAGUCAACUGCAACAGCGGAAAAAGCGAAACAUGGCUCCCAAACUUGAACUUCCAAGCACCGCAUUGAUGGUCGGGCUGUUGUUUUUCUCCCUGAUCCCCCCGGCAGAGGCUUACGAUGCCGGGGACGCUCUGGCCCUGCUGCUGUGCACCAUCCUCACGGUGGUGGGUUUCUGCGCCUGCCUCGGCUGGUACGCGAGGAGACGGAACGGACAGCUGUGACGAUGAUGAGACGGGAUUCUCCAGCUGCUACCUGCUACCAACCACCACAUUAUAAUACGAAUUUUGCGUGAUCAUCAUCGUGGACUUUUGUGGCACAGGCUUUGUGUCUUAAAGACUGAUAAGAAACGUGCCUUACUGGGAUUAAUGCGGCAAGUUCAACGAGGACCACGCGGAGUUGAAGAAGGUGGAGCGGAACAUCCAGGAAGCAAACAGGAACUGUUGCUCGUUGCACUGCUGACAUGAUUAUUAUUAAUGACCAAAAACACUGUUGCCUUCACCAUGAACAGACUUCUGCAGCUGUAGCAGGCUCCCUAAAAUGCCCACACUAUGUACAUUUUCGCGCAUAUUUUCCAUCUUUCGAGGUGAUUUCCUGACGUGUUGCGCUUCUACUGACUGUCACCGUUGGAAGCGCAGUGUCACAUGAUUGGAGUGUGUUUUGCAGUUUUGUCACUGUUGCUAAUUAAACAUGUAGAAUAAACGCGACACUUAACAACUUG